AGUAUUAAAAAAUCCAAUGUUAUUAAAUUGUGCAAUCAGCUUUCACUCUUUCACUUUUCAGCUUUUACAAAGAUUGCAGUUUUAGAGUUUCGAGUUUGUUAAUUUGGAAAAGUUAAUUAAAUAAAACCACAAAGAUAAAUUGGUUUCUAUGGGAAAUAUCCUUGGAAACCAACAGCCCGAGCAGAAACAAUUAUCCGCAAUGGAGUUGAAAGAAAUUCGUGGAAAUUUGGAAAAAAUGAUCAAGGAAAAUAAAGUCGUCGUCUUCUCAAAAACUUAUUGUCCUUAUGCGUUAAAAGCGAAGAAGACAUUGGACAACUUGACAAAAAAUUAUCUCGUGAUUGAAUUAAACGGACAUCCACAAGGGAGUGAAAUUCAAGAAAUCUUGGCUCAGAUGACAGGUGCCUCCACAGUUCCUCGAGUUUUCGUGGGAGGAGUUUGCAUUGGGGGAGGAGAUGACACGGUCCGAUUGUAUAAAAGCGGAGAGUUAGAAAAAAUGCUUACAAACUGAAUUACUUAUAUGGCAAUAAAUUUGUAAAUUAAUUUUUAUUAUAAAAAACAACAA